AUGAAACUACUGAAAAACUUAGCUGGUGGGAACAAAAGCAUAGAAUAUGCUAUCCUUGUGCUAAAGUACAAAAAAGAAAACUAUCUCUUUUAUUAUGUAACAGAAUACCUGAAAUCGAAUGGGCACUUGCCACCAGUAGAUCUUCCACUAGAGGGCAGUAGACUGUUAUUGGACCGGAUGCGGCAGGUUUCUGACUAAGUCACCCGAGUGAUCUUAAGCACCGUUUCCAACGCCACCACUCCUCUGGCAGUUUUCAUGGCAGUUUUAACCACAACCACGUCCAAGACACCAACCUGCCGCUAGUGGCCGAAGAGCACGAAGAGAACCACGACAAAGGGCCGAUGUACGACCCCAAACAGGACGUUUUUGCCACCCUGUUUAAAUCUCUCCACCCUCUUCCUCCUGAGCAUCAUCCAGCUGCUGCCAGAUCCCUGAAACUCCUCGCCAAGAUUCCCAAAGAUGCAGAAGCUGUCCUCGUUUUGGUUGGUUGUGUUGAGUUCCUGGAGCAGCCGGCCAUGGCCUUUGUAAGGCUGAGUGAAGCUGUCCUCCUGGAGUCGGUGCUUGAGGUUCCUGUUCCUGUUCGAUUUAUCUUCGUUCUGCUUGGACCCUGCCAGUCCAACGUAGACUACCAUGAGAUUGGACGCUCUUUUGCCACUCUCAUGUCUGACAAGAACUUCCAUGAGGUGGCCUACUUUGCAGAUGACAGGCAAGACCUCCUGAACGGUAUCAAUGAGUUUUUGGACUGCAGCAUCGUCAUUCCACCUUCAAACGUGGAGGGCAAAGACCUUCUGAAGACAGUGGCAGACUUCCAGAAACAGCUGCUCCGCAAAAGAAAGGAAAGAGAUGGGAAAAAGUACCACUCCACAUUUGGGCUGGAACAGGAACCAAAAGAGGUGAGUCCAGAGGAGGAGGAGGAGGCAGAACAGGAGGUGGACCCGUUGAAGCGCUCGGGAGUCCCUUUCGGAGGCCUGAUCCACGACAUUCGUCGGCGUUUUCCGCACUAUAUCAGCGAUCUGAAAGACUCCCUGGACAUGCAGUGCAUCGCUGCUGUCAUCUUUAUUUACUUUGCCGCUCUGUCACCCACCAUUACCUUUGGAGGGCUUCUGGGAGAGAAAACCGAGGGUUUGAUGGGCGUGACCGAGCUCAUCGUUUCCACUGCGACUCUCGGAGUGAUUUUCUCUCUGCUUGCUGGUCAGCCACUUCUCAUCAUCGGUUUCUCUGGACCUUUACUCGUAUUUGAAGAAGCCUUCUAUAAGUUCUGUCAGGCCUAUAACUUUGAGUACCUGACGGGCCGCGUGUGGAUCGGUUUCUGGCUCAUUGUCAUCGUCCUGGUGAUUGUGGCUGCAGAAGGCAGUUUUCUCGUGCGCUACAUCUCUCCCUUUACUCAAGAGAUUUUUGCUUUCCUCAUUUCUCUAAUUUUUAUCUAUGAGACUUUUUCAAAACUCAUCAAGGUGUUUCAGGAGCACCCUUUGAUGGCGGUAUACCCCACCGACGCCAGCACCACCGACACCUUACAGAACUUUGAAGGUCCAGUCUUCAACCAACCCAACACCGCCCUGCUGUCUCUGGUUCUCAUGAUGGGAACGUUCUUUGUUGCAUUCUUUCUCAGGAAGUUCAGGAACAGUCGCUUUUUAGGUGGCAAGGCCAGGAGAAUAAUUGGUGACUUUGGGAUCCCAAUCUCAAUCCUAGUGUCGGUUCUGGUGGACUACUCCAUCACCGACACCUACACCCAGAAACUCAAUGUGCCAUCGGGCUUUUCGGUUACGUCCCCUGAGAAGAGAGGGUGGUUGAUCAGCCCGUUUGGAGACAAGCAACCGUUUCCGACUUGGAUGAUCGGAGCUUCUAUUGUCCCCGCUCUUCUCGUCUUCAUUCUCAUCUUCAUGGAAACUCAGAUUACCUCACUGAUUGUCAGUAAAAAGGAGCGUCGCCUCGUAAAAGGUUCUGGUUUCCACCUGGAUCUUCUACUCAUCGUUGUCCUCGGCGCCAUCUGCCCACUGUUCGGCCUGCCGUGGCUCACCGCGGCCACGGUGCGCUCCGUCACUCACGUCAAUGCGCUCACUGUCAUGAGCAAGGCCACGGCUCCUGGAGAGAAGCCCAUGAUACAGGAGGUGAAGGAGCAACGACUGACCGGGCUUCUUGUGGCAGUUCUUGUCGGUUUGUCCAUGGUGAUGACUGACGUGCUGCGCCUAAUCCCUCUGGCCGUCCUCUUUGGCAUCUUCCUCUACAUGGGCGUCACCUCACUGACGGGCAUCCAGCUGUACGAACGCAUCACGCUCAUGGUCACUCCUGCCAAACACCAUCCAGACCACAUCUACGUAACCAAGGUGAAAACGUGGAGGAUGAAUAUGUUCACCAUCAUCCAGCUGGCGUGCAUCGUGGCUCUGUGGGUGGUGAAGUCCACCGUGGCCUCCCUGGCGUUCCCCUUCAUCCUCAUCAUGACGGUGCCGCUGCGCCGCCUCGUUCUCUCCAGGAUUUUUGAGGAGCGCGAGCUCCAGGCGCUGGACUGCGACGAGGACUCUCCCAAUUUUGACGAGGACGGUCGAGAUGAGUACAACGAGAUCCACAUGCUUGUAUAAAUCUAAACCGGAUCAGGUUCUACUUUUGUCCCAAUCAAAUGCUCAAGAGCUUCUCUGAAAACCUCAGCGGGUGGAGACUGGAGCUUGUGUGGUUGUCUGGACAAAAACAAUUCCUUCCUUUGGUUUUAUUCCUGUUUUUUAAACCAGCGCAGUGGUGCUGGUGUUUAUGUCAAGACUAAUCUCAUCUUGUUUUUACCUUUAAAUCCCUUUAACUAUGCCGCACUUUGUGGGUAUAAGUGCAAUGAAAACAGUGACUUGUAGCACAACAAUGGGGGGUGGGGAGUUAGACUAAUUUGUACAAAGAAAGUGUUUUUGCUGUUUUUCAGGGAGUCUAUUUUCAUGGAAAAUAAUAGACACCAAUCAAGGGGACACAUUAUGCAGAACUCACAUUUUGCAUCCUUUUGUGCUGCUAUGUGGGGUUCUACUGCCUCUGUUAAUACUCCAUCCUUCUAGUUUUAGGAAUUAUGUGCCUAAAACAAGCUAUUUCAAAGAGUCCCCAUUUGUGAUGUCACAAACAGGGAAAUUGGAAAAUAACCAACUCUCACAUGCCAGAGGGAGCUGCUGCUGGAGGAGCAGUGGCUCUACUCUGAGCCCCUCCCGUUCACUCUCAUCCACUUCCUGACCAUGGGUCCCCUACUAAUAAAAAAUCAAUGGGAGUUUAUGGGCCCAUAAGUUAUUUUCUAAUCCCGUUUGAUAUGUGCCAUGGAUUUCACAUAUGAUGUCUGUGAAUUUUAAAGACACAUUUUGAUGCCAAGUAAAAGCUUAUUUUUAACAGGCGGCAAAUGUUAUUUUUGUCAAAACACAGAUGAUUAUAAUUUAUAUCGAAGUAUAACAUAUGUGUGUUUCAGGGCGUAAAGAAAAGUGAAACAGAAAUUUUAUUAUAUUUAUUAUAUUAUUUAUAUAGGAGACCCAUGAGCCGACUGGAAGGGGAGGAAACUUAGGCCCAAUCUCAAUACUCGCACUGCGCCCUACGGUGUUCAGCAAAGUGCACUUGGAGAAAGUGUGUUGUAAGGCUUCGAGUGUGUAGUACACAAGAGUGCAAGUAAAUGCAGAUCUGAGACAGAGGGCAUUGCAUCAACCGCAACACAUGCCGGGUUUCUGGUCGCUGUGAUACUUUUUUUUUAAAAACCUUUAUAAACAACUUUCAAACAACAAAUUAUUUAAAAUAAAUUUACUUUCAUUGUAGCUUUGUCUAAAAGUUUAAGAGCAUCAACUAAUUGUCCUAAAAUUAACAACUUUCAUUAGAAAAUACAUAUUUUCAAAAAAGGCACUUGAGCAUUUUCUCCUGCAGCAAUGGAUUGUGGGUAAUACCCUUCACCAAAGUCUGCAGUGAUGCGGACAUCGGUGAAGGGCGGAUCAAGGGUGCAAAAGGGGCGUAAUCGCGUAAUUGAGGGACGCAAAGGUGGAAGUUCGAGUAUUGGGAUUGGGCCUUAGGCUCCAUAUAGCAGUCUGAAUGGGGAUGGGUGGGCGUGGUCAGCUCCAGCUUGUUUUCUUAAUGGGACAGAGCCCUGAAUUAACUCAUUCUGGAAGGUACUGAAACGGUCAUGAAUAAAACUGCUGAAGUCGUAUGUGAGAGGGAUUUUUUGCAAAGAACUUCAUAUGUUUUGUAUCAACCAUAGAACUAUUAUGAAUUAAGAAAAAACGUUAUAUAUGGGCCUUUAACUAGAUUUACUGCCUUUAAUUUAGCUACCUUUGUCUUAAAGCUGCAUCAAUGUUAUCCUUUUAGUGUCCGUACAGACUUUUAGCACUUUGAGCAGGAAAAUCAUUGUUAUGAUUUUGGAUUAAUUAUUAUCUUGUAAACAUUUUAUAUUUAUUUUCAGUUUAUUUGUACCUUUUGGACUCAUUCAAACAGAAAAUAUCUCAUCUAUAUACUUGUUUUUCCUCGCAUUCUGUAUGAUUUAACACAAAAAAUUUAGAAGUUGUUUAAAAAACGAAGCAAAAUCUUAACUGAAGAUGUAUGUGAGGUUAGCUUUCUAAAAAUGAUGGUUUUGUUUGUGAAAUCACAUUUUUAUGAAAAUUACUGUGACAUUAGGGUUGGUGGCCUCUGAACGUGUCUCUGUUGUGCAAUAAUGUCUCUUCUGCUCUCUGAUUGCAGUGUUUCCACUAUAAACCAAGUCCUGUUUGUUGUAAACAUCAAAUUGGUUGAAAACAAUCUGUUUUUUGUUUGAACUGAUCAUGUAUAAAGCUGUAGUUUUUUAUUUUUCUUUAGCAUUAUCUGACUCUGAUGUUUAAAUUUCAUUAGAAGCAGAAAUUGACCAACGGCAAUGUUCAAGGUGCUGCUGGUGGUGCAUCGGGAUUUCCAUGAUAACCACCAGUGUUCCAUCAAGGUUGCCAUGAUGGAAUUCUAAAUGGUUUUUAAACAAAAGCAUCAGAAGCAUGGUUUUCUUUACAGAUUUUUACAUGUGACCAGCAGGGGGCGCACUGAAGAAACUCCAAAAAAAUACAUGGGGGGAUACUUAUGCCAAUUUUUGAUCCACCCUGGCCCUUAUGACAAUGUUAAAGUUGCACAUGAUUACCGUAACGACUCUAAAGAUAAUCUUAACAGAUGUGUGUCUUUGCUCUGAGCGUUUCGGUUUGCGCCGGAGAACAUCGAGACUGCUCCAAUCACAAAUCUGAGCUUUUCAAACACGUUAGAUUGUCUUGGUAUGAUUUUCUGGGACAAACACGUGUGCUGCCUGUUGAAUGGGACAUCUAGCCAAUCAGAAGUGAGCGGGCCAUCACUCUUGUGCUAUCCUCUUAUUAACUAUAAAAAAAUCAUGAGUUCUUGUUGGUGUUCAGAUCAACUAUUAAAUUAUUUUCUGUGUGCCAGAAAUAAUGAGAAAAACUAUUUAGGAAUCAUGAACAAGAAGUUGAGAAAUAGUACUUUGCUUUCUUAUGAUUGCGUGAUAUCGUUUAAUUUGCUACUGUGGUGAUACGGUAAAUAGCCUAUAUUUAUUUAGCCACUUCUUUGGGUUCAACAACCCCCAAUGUGCUUCACAACACAUUCACCCAUUCACACACACACAAGCUACAAUGUAAGUGAGGCCUGCCAUACUCUGGCGCCACCCGUCCCUCUGACCACCACCAGGUUAGGAGGGUAAGUGUCUUGCCCAAGGACACAACAGGAGCAUUCUCUGGUUGGAGCCAGGUUUGAACCUGCAGCCUUCCAAUUACUGGAUAGCCCGCUUCACCUCCUGAGCUGCUGCCGUCUCUUGACAUCGCUGUGGUAUCGAAGCAGUUGGAUGUCAUUGCCUAAAGAUAUGUUGAAUCAUCUCCUGAACAAAUGCUCAAGAGCAGGGUGAAAGAGGACAGGGCUUUGCUCCAGCCGUGCAGUUUACUGUAUUUUUUUAUUCCCACUAAUUUUAUUCAAGACAUUUUCAAUAAUCACCAACAUUAGAGGUUAAAUAAAAUCCUAUAAUAAUAAAAACUAGACGCCUUUAUUUUCUGUUACUGUCCUACAUGGCCGUAUGAGCCAAGUAGGAUUUCUGUCUCAGGGGAAACUGACCUUUGAUCUGUAAAUGUUGCUUCUCAGCCUUUUAGUUUGUGGACUUUUUUUGUGUGUUCAGAGAUUUACCCCAUCCAACACAUGCGACAAAAAGAAAUACAGCUUUUAUGUUUCUGAGUGAGAAAAGACCUGUAGUAAUUAUUCUGGUCAUUUAACUGUAAAUCAUGCAGAGUUUACAAAGACCAGAACAACUUAAACCUGCAAAGUCCUCGUAUUUGUGACGUUUCAUGCAAAAAAAAAAAAAAAAGUUAAACACUAAACUAUUGUGAGAAUGACAUGACUCAAAAUGAAACUUAUGCAACAUAAUAUUGCACUUAAAUUUAGAAGUAUUUAUUUAUUUAAAAAUACCUUUAAAUUGAAGUAUUUAUUUUGUAUAAUUUUAGGGUGAAUAAAUAAAAUAAUAGAGUUAAAGCAUAGAUGUCAAUGCCACUUCUACAUCACAGUCUAAUAGUAAACGUUCUGCUUUUGCUGAUCAAGUAAAGAAAACUGUUUCACUGAAAGUAGAAAAUUCACUCAAUUCCAAUUUCUUUAUUUUUAACAGGAAGUCUGAAUUUUUGAAUAAUUCAAACUGAUUAAAUGUUUAAUAGUUUUCCCCUCAUAAUACACUUUUUUUUUUCUUUUCUCUUCUGUCCUGCUUCUCUGUGGUAGUUUUACACUGAGCCGACGCCCACCUAUGGACCGAUUGGCCGGCUGAACUUGUGUAAAUAUCACACCUACCUAGGAGCCUCUGAUUGGUGCGGCCGGGUAGAGUCAGCCAGCGGCGGCUUCUCACAUGUGCGAUUCAUUAGCCUUUGGGAUGCAACAGGGUCAGCAUCUCGGACCGGGCUGUGGGACAGUCUGCUGCGAGCGCUCCUGGAUGGGAGAGGCGCCCAUGGAAGCACCGCUGCUCAGUGAGAGCGUAGGAAGCUGUGUGUUUCAUGUCAGAGUCUCCUAAAGCAACACUGCUCACUCCUGCUUUUGUUUACUAACUUGUGGCGCUUAAGAAGGACAUGAUAGAUAAUUUUUUGUGCCUCUUUAACAACUUGCCCACAUGCUCGGUCAUAUCCACAUUCCUGGGAAGGCUGUGUAAACACAACCUGGUGGCGUGGGGGCGGGCUGUCCUCACCCAGCCCAGACCGAGCUGGCUGAAGUGUAAAAACUCCUUAAAGGUGCAUUUGUGACUCGCAUUGUCGGUAUCUUUUUAACUCAUUCGCUGCCAGCCGUUUCCUAAUCGGUAAAGCCCUUUGCUGCCAACAUUUCUCACCGUUUUUACAGCUUUUUUAAGAGUCACACGUUGCGUGCUAGGAUGAUGUCGACGCCAAAACAAAGCGGAGAUGCACCUCUUACAUCAGGAAGAAUCCGCGUUUUUUGAGUGUUAUCCUUUCUUUCAUAAUCCGUUGUUGAAUUGUGAUCGGCAGAAGCUUUUCCGGUUCGCGCCUCACUUUUUUUCACAGCAGCAGCCCAAAACGAUCUCCUAACACAUGGAUUUUCUGUUUCCUGAUCACGUGACGUAUGCGGAUGAAGAUCGGCUUUAGAGCUGAGAUGUUUGUUCUCAUGGUGCGGGGGCUCGUUCCGACGCCCAAUCAGUAUAAAAAAAAUGCAAAUGAUGACUUUAGUCGUCAUUGGCAGUUAAUGAGUUAAUUUGGAUGCCAAAUCAGAAUUUCACCAAUUACAAUAAUAAUCUCACCUUUUUUCAGCAAACCGCUGUUUCCACUUUUCUAUUUACAUUUUGACUUUAAUCUUGAAAUAAUUUGAAUUUGUACCCUCUUAGUGGCCCUAAAGCGCCAUUGCAGAAAGUCUUAGUUAACAUGCCGCACUAGAAGAUGGCGUUAACAACAUAAAAAUACAUAACAGCGUCUUUAUUUUUAAAGUAUUUUCUCACAAUAAUGAACACUUUCGACUCUCUGGCACAACUUGACAUAAUUUUAUUGCUUUGGAAGUUUUCUAUUUAUAUUUGCCUUGCUCAUUGAUUAAAAGACUUACGGUAGUUUCUGCUGCCCAAGAAAACAAAAACCCUUCAAAAAUCCACGAACUGAGUGGGAAUCAGCCAGAAUCCUGCAGAAAACAUUCCUCCUGAUAUUUACACAACAGAAAAAAUGAAAUUGUAGGUGUUAUUUUAGAUUAUGUGAAGUGUGAUGUGUGACUGUCUGACUGUUAGAUGUUUAAAAAAAUAGAUGAAAAGCAAAACACAUAUUUGGUCCUAAAAAGGUUCAGUGAUGGGAGUUCACCACAUUUCAUCACUUUUUCUCUCCGUGGUUGCGAGUCAGACCACCCAGAUGAGUCCAAGACCCGGUUCUGUUUGUGUAAAAUAUUUAUCAGACAUGUGUGACAUGAGAUCAGGAAAGGCUCCUGAAUUUUUCUGCUUUUAUGUUUUGUGAAAAUAUCUCUUGAAUAUGUUUCUUUGCAGUGUGUAUCAAAGCAUCAGUUUACCAGAAUUGGGGUUCUAAUUUCAGGCGUUAGUUUGACAUUUUCCUGACUCGUCAUGAAGUCUCAGUUAUUACAGUCUGACUUGGGGUUGUAGAUAUUUGGCCUCCAGACAAAAAUUGGUUUUGGGGCUUUUUUUAGACUCCUGGGGGAAAAACAGCUUUUUGCUGUCAGGCUGCAGGAAUAGUAGGAAAACCGUGAACUCCUCUGAAAAAUCCAGAGUUUUUGUCACGUUUAGUGUUAAAAUUAUUACCUGCAUGGUGGGAAUUUGUUCUACUGAGAAACAAAUGUAAUUUUGGUUGGAUGACAUUCUGGAUGUUUGCAUCAGACUGACUCCGACUGUACGAACUCCUAAACAGCAGGUCCAUCUUCACUGUAAAAAAGAUUUCACAAUUGUUAUAUUUUGUCGGAAAGAAAAGUUUAUUAUGUGAAAAACAGAAAAGUUGUGCAAACUUUUCUUUCUCUUCAGCAUAAAGCAUGCCAUUAUUAAAAUAAAAGACAUGGCGCUUUUAUUA